CCCCGCCCGUCCGGGCUCAGCUAAACCUCAUUUCCGGGCGCGACGCACUUAGAGCGUUUUAGGUUUUUUCCCUCCGUGAAGCUUUCGGGCCGAGAGGAUCGCUCCGCUCUGCACAGGGAAGGGCUCGGUUCGCCUACCGCGCAGCCAUGACUGAGGCAGAAGUGAACCCCAAAGCUUACCCACUGGCUGAUGCACAACUCACCAAAACUCUGCUGGACCUUGUACAGCAGUCCUGCAACUACAAACAGCUACGCAAGGGUGCCAAUGAAGCCACUAAAACACUGAACAGAGGAAUAGCAGAAUUCAUUGUGAUGGCUGCAGAUGCUGAGCCCCUGGAGAUCAUCCUGCACCUCCCUCUCUUGUGCGAGGACAAGAAUGUGCCCUAUGUCUUUGUGCGCUCCAAGCAGGCCCUGGGCCGGGCAUGUGGUGUCUCCCGGCCUGUCAUUGCCUGCUCAAUUACCAUCAAGGAAGGGUCACAACUGAAGCCUCAGAUUCAAUCGGUCCAGCAAGCUAUAGAGAGACUGUUGGUUUAAAUCUGCCUAAAACCCAAUAGCUGAAAUCCAUAAUUUAAAAAAAAAAAAAAAAAAGUUGGGGAGGAAAUUAAUGAUAGUUAGACAAUACAAUAGUUUGAUACCAAACUCUUGUUUCAAAAUGCCAGGUGUUUGUUUUACAGUGGCUUGCUCCUAUUAUAUAUUUCAACUCUCCACUGUGGGUGAGUCUAGAUUUUUCUUCCUCUCUCCCUUGCCGGCCUUUCAGAAGACAUUCUUGCAGUACUAGUUCUCAAAACUCUGCUCAACAGAGUGAGAGUAGCUCCUCCUGUGUGAUAUGCAAAAUAAUAUAUUGCCCCACUUGAGGGCAUGAUUAACCUACACUUUUUCUCUCCCAAUAAUGGAUUAGCUUCCUUCAUUUUGCAGCAAAGUCUUCUGUGAUAAGUUUGACCUGUAACA